GCUGGGACAAGCGUGAUGCUGCUGCUGACUGCUGCUGACGACGCGACACACACAGCCCACGCGCGACGUCUGAUUCUUAACGUCGUCGUCGCCGGCUUUAACUCGGCGGAUGUCCAGGAAUUUUCCUCGUUGAGGUCAUCGAACAAGGAAGUGAACGGAACGGACUUGGCAGCUAUGGAGAACCAGCAGGUCUGGGUGCGAGACCCUCAGGAGGGUUUUAUAAUCGGCAAGUUCACGGACAUGGUCGAUGGGGACGCGUUGAUCGUACCAUUGGACCCGAAACAUCCACAGCGCUCUUGUCCAUUGGACCAAGUCUAUCCUGCUGGAGAAUACACCAAGGACGUCGAAGACAACUGCGCUCUGAUGUACCUGAACGAGGCCACGCUACUCAACAACAUACGCACUCGUUAUUUCAAGGAUAGAAUAUACACUUACGUGGCCAACAUCUUGAUCGCCGUAAAUCCUUACUGCGAGAUCAAAGAUCUUUACUCGGCUGAAACGAUCAAGGCUUACAAAGGAAAAUCGUUGGGAGAGACACCUCCCCACGUUUUCGCCAUUGCCGACAAAGCGUUCAGAGACAUGAAAGUAUUGAAGCAGUCGCAGAGUAUCAUCGUUUCCGGUGAAUCUGGAGCGGGCAAGACCGAAUCGACCAAGUAUCUGCUCAGAUAUCUGUGCGAUUUGUGGGGAUCGGCGGCUGGGCCGAUCGAGCAGAAAAUUUUAGAUGCAAAUCCAGUGUUGGAAGCUUUUGGAAACGCAAAGACCAAGAGGAACAACAACAGUUCUCGGUUCGGUAAAUUCAUGGAGGUGCAUUUUGAUUCGAAAUGCCAAGUGGUCGGUGGAUACAUCUCCCAUUAUCUGUUGGAGAAAUCGAGGGUUUGCCUUCAAAGUCCCGACGAACGAAACUAUCACGUGUUCUACAUGAUGUGCGCCGGUGCACCGGCGGAGCUCCGCGCUAAACUUGGCAUCGGGAAACCGGACGAUUUUCAUUAUCUGAGAAACGGUUGCUCGCAAUACUUUUGCAACGAGGAGUCGGAAAAGAGAUUGAACGACGCACAGAAGAGUCGCGAUCAAAUUAUGAAAGGCAGUUUGUACGAUCCGAUUCUGGACGACGUCGAAGGAUUCAAUGCCAUCGACCAGGAAAGGGCAACGGCGUUGACGAGACUCGGUUUGACCGAGGCGGAAAGAAUGGAGAUUUACACGAUGGUAGCCGCUGUACUGCAUCUGGGGAACAUUACGUUCGAGGAUAAUCCGGAAGAUACGAAGGGUGGGUCUAGGAUAUGCGCCAGUUCGGAGAAACCGAUGUUGACCAGCGCGAAAUUGUUGGGCGUCGAUCCCGAGGAACUGAGACAAGCGCUGGUCUCAAAAGUGAUGAUGACCAGCCGCGGCGGUAUCAAGGGGACGGUGAUCAUGGUGCCGCUGAAAGUUUACGAGGCCAACAACGCGAGAGACGCUUUGGCCAAAGCGAUCUACAGUAAACUGUUCGAUCACAUAGUGGCUCGGAUCAACAAGAGCAUUCCGUUCAAAGCUUCCAGUUAUUACAUCGGCGUGUUGGACAUCGCGGGAUUCGAAUACUUCAAAGUGAACAGUUUCGAGCAGUUCUGUAUCAAUUACUGCAAUGAGAAGUUGCAGCAAUUCUUCAACGAGAGGAUUUUGAAGUACGAGCAGGAUCUUUACGCGAGGGAGUCUCUGAACGUGCCCAAGAUAUCGUACGUCGACAAUCAGGACUGCAUCGAUCUGAUCGAGUCGAGGAACAUGGGAAUCUUCAGUCUGUUGGACGAGGAAUCGAAACUACCGACUCACAGCUUCGCGCACUUCACCAGCGAGGUUCAUCGAGUGUGGAACAGCCAUUUCCGGAUAACGUUGCCGCGCACUUCCCGUUUGAAAGCUCACAGGGAGUUGCGCGACGACGAGGGAUUCGUGAUUCGUCAUUACGCCGGCGGCGUUUGCUAUCAAACGAAUCAGUUCAUAGAGAAGAACAACGACGCUCUGCACGCGUCCCUCGAAGCGUUGAUCCGAGAGAGUAACAACAGAUUCCUUCGGACGCAGUUCGCCAACAAUUUCGGCAGCCAACAGCAGAAGGGGAAGCUUACGUUUAUCAGCGUCGGCAGUAAAUUUAAGACGCAGCUCGGAGAAUUGAUGGACAAAUUGAAGAGCAACGGAACGAAUUUUAUUCGUUGCAUCAAACCGAACAACGACAUGGUGGCUCGUCAGUUCGACGGGAACAGCAUUCUGGGCCAGCUUCGCUGUUCCGGGAUGACGUCCGUGCUAGAAUUGAUGGAGCACGGCUACCCGAGCAGGGUCCCGUUCCAAGAAUUGUACAACAUGUACAAAUCCUAUCUGCCGCCGGAGUUGGCCAAAUUAGAGCCGAGAUUCUUCUGCGAGGCGUUGUUGCACAGUUUAAAAUUGAACAAGAAGGAUUUCAAAUUCGGCAUCACCAGAGUGUUCUUCAAGCCGGGCAAGUUCGCCGAGUUCGACAAGAUCAUGAGGUCGGACCCGGAGAAUCUACGAAAGCUGGUGGCGAACGUGAAGAAGUGGUUGCUCAGGUCCCGAUGGAACAAGAUGCAGUUCUGCGCGUUGUCCGUGAUCAAAUUGAAGAACAAGAUCAUAUACCGUAGGCAUCAUCUGAUCGUGUUGCAGAAGACGGCCAGGAUGUACAUAGCCAAGAAACAGCAUCGCCCUCGCAUAAAAGGUAUCGCGAAGAUAACCAAUUUGGAGAAGCAGUUGAACGGUAUGGAGGAGACGUCGAACCAAUUGAAGGACCGCGAGAGACCGAUCGACGACAUAAACAGACUGCGGCACGACUUACACGCGGCUAGGAAUAGGAUCAAAGGGAACGAGCGAAUAACGCCGACGGCGAUCGAUUCGAUCUACGCGAAUCUGGUGAACCGGGUGAACGACCAGAUGGCCUCGCUUCGUCGCAUGGUCGAGCAGCAGAAGAUCGCGGAGGAACAAGCCAAGUUGGCCAAGAUUCAACAAGAAUUAGAAUUGGAGAAGGAGAGGAAAGAAGCCGAAGAACGACGGAAGAGAGACGAGGAAGAUAAUAGAAGGAAGAAGCACGAUAUCGAGGCGAGGAGGAAGAUGGAAGAGGAGCAGAAGAAGAGGCAAGAGGAAGAAGAUAAGAGGACUGCCGCGGCUCUCCAAGCGCAGUUGGAAAAAGAAGCGAUGGAAGAAAACAGGUACCGCGAGUUGUUGGAGCAAGAGAGGAGAGACCACGAAUUGGCGGUGAGGCUGGCUCAAGAAUCGAACGGACAAGUCGAAGAUUCGCCGCCAUUUAUUCGCAGCGGUUCCGCUGUGCGAGUAUCAUCGAACAACAACAACAACAACAACAACAACAACAACAACAACAGGCUGGCAAGAUCGGAGCAAGUGCGCAAUAACCAGGCAACCAUGGCGUCCAAGAAGUAUGACUUGUCCAAGUGGAAGUAUUCGGAGUUACGAGAUGCUAUAAACACGUCCUGUGACAUCGAAUUGUUAGAGGCUUGUCGUCACGAGUUUCACCGAAGAUUAAAAGUGUAUCAUGCGUGGAAAGCGAGAAAUCGAAGACGGACCACCAUGGAUGAGAACGAAAGAGCACCGAGGUCUAUCAUGGAAGCUGCCGCAAGGACACCGAGAACUACGAUGAAACAGCCCAUAACGGAGUCCACGCAGAGAUACUUUAGGAUCCCUUUCGUGCGGUCAACGGCGAAUGGCCAACAGGAGAAUCACGCGUCCAGUAAGCGAGGAUGGUGGUAUGCCCACUUCGAUGGUCAGUACGUUGCCCGACAAAUGGAACUCCACCCUGACAAACCACCGAUUCUACUGGUAGCAGGUGUCGACGACAUGCAAAUGUGCGAGCUCAGCCUAGACGAGACUGGACUGACCAGGAAACGCGGGGCCGAGGUGUUGGAGCACGAAUUCAAUCGCGAGUGGGAGAAACACGGAGGUAAACUGUACGUUCCACCGUGCGAUCGUAAGAAAUAACAACUGGCUAGUAGGUACACAGCGCGUCGACAGUCACAGGCGAUAGUAGUUUGUUGAGAUGUUACAAAUUUUUUUAUUAUUCGAGAGUGAGCUCGCAGCACAGUGCCUUACUAGUUAGAAUUCGUGCCUUACCCACGACAAAGGCAGCUCUUCCGUAGACCACUGACACGAACCUUUUCGAAUUAGCCGUUGUUAAUCGAUCUCUUUUCCUAAGCUGUUCCAAGCAUAAUUGCGUAUUUUUAUGAAUCGGUCGAUGCGACGACCACGCGAUACUUGUGGCAGAAAUUCGUUCGUUCAGUAUUCGAGAUCCCGAUCGAGAAAAUCGUAUGGAAAAUUGUUUUUUUAAUCCUAAGGAAUAGAUUCGUAGAGACAGAGAGAGAAAGAGAGAGAGAGAGAGAGAGAGAGCGCGAUCUCUUAUUCUCAGUUCGGGUCCUUUUUUCUUAGGAAGGAAAUUCGUUCGGGUUACGGUGUUAAAAGACGGUUGACAGAAAAGUAACAUGAAUUUUUUUCAUGGCAUUUCCAAUGUUUCACGUUCGCCACGGUUCCUUUGUUCGAAGCAACACCGCCUCCUCCGGUUCUAUAUACUAUAAAUAAUUCUACUGAUUUACCAUGUGUAUAAUCUAAGGUAUUCUAUGUUAUUGCACUCUCCCAUACCCAUUGUAUCCAUCGAGUACGUUUCGAAAUAAAUCACAUUUCUCGC